AUUGUCUAAUUAUGAUUCCUUCACAUUAGUUUAAAAACAUAUAGGCUACAGUUUUUUAAGUAGGGAGGGGGAUGUUUAUUGUGCGCGUUUUUUGCUGGUAUUACGGUACAGUCGGUCAUUGAUAUCGCUCAGCCGAUAUGACAUACAUCCCACCGCCAGCAGCUCAGUCCGCUCAGUAUCAGAGAACAGGCGAUCAGCUCCGAAGAACCGGGUCAUGAUAAUACAGCCAGGAUGAGUUCCACCGAAGAUGUUAUAAUGGCGAUUCCCAGAGAGCUCACACAAAACCCACUGCGAAAAAUAUGGAUGCCAUGCAAGAACGGGCUACCGGAAAAACACAUUUCUCAGAAAAGAAUUUGCAUGACCAACUGUCCCACUCUCAUUGUGACUGUUGGCCUGCCAGCGAGAGGCAAAACCUACAUUUCUAAAAAACUCACACGCUACCUCAACUGGAUUGGUGUACCAACAAAAGAAUUCAAUGUGGGACAGUAUCGGAGAGAAUGUGUGAAAAUCUACAAGAGCUUUGAAUUCUUUCGCCCUGAUAACGAGGAAGGGCUGAAGAUAAGAAAGCAGUGUGCUUUGGCAGCAUGCAAUGACGUCAGACAGUACCUCAGUGUUGAGGGCGGCCAGGUUGCUGUGUUUGAUGCCACGAACACAACCAGAGAACGGAGGGCCACCAUCAUGAGAUUUGCAGAACAAAAUGGCUAUAAGGUGUUUUUUGUGGAGUCUGUGUGUGAAGACCCCAGCGUUAUUGCAGAGAACAUUGUGCAGGUGAAGCUAGGCAGUCCGGACUACACUGACCGCAACACUGAAGAAGCCAUCCAGGACUUUAUGAAGAGGAUCAAAUGCUAUGAGAACAGUUACCAGCCACUGGAUGAAAACCUAGACAGAGAGUUGUCAUACAUUAAAAUAAUGGACGUGGGUCAGCGGUAUCUGGUGAACCGUGUACUCGACCACAUCCAGAGCAGAAUCGUUUAUUAUCUGAUGAACAUCCACAUCACACCGCGCUCUAUCUACCUCUGUCGACAUGGAGAGAGUGACCUUAAUGUCAGAGGUCGCAUCGGCGGGGAUUCAGGCCUGUCGCCCCGCGGUAAAGAGUUUGCUCAGUAUCUAGGGAGGUUUAUACAGGAUCAGAAUAUAAAGGAUCUCAAGGUGUGGACGAGUCAGAUGAAGCGGUCCAUUCAGACCGCUGAGGCGUUGGGUGUACCCUACGAACAAUGGAAAGCCCUCAAUGAGAUUGAUGCUGGUGUUUGUGAGGAGAUGAUGUAUGAGGAGAUCCAGGAACAUUAUCCUCUGGAGUUCGCCCUCAGAGACCAGGACAAAUAUCGCUACCGUUACCCUAAAGGAGAGUCUUAUGAGGAUCUUGUCCAGCGAUUGGAGCCAGUCAUUAUGGAGCUUGAACGGCAGGAGAAUGUGUUGGUUAUUUGUCACCAGGCUGUUAUGCGCUGUCUGCUUGCUUACUUCCUGGACAAGAGUGCAGAAGAGCUGCCGUACCUGAAAUGCCCCCUACACACAGUCCUGAAGCUUACUCCUGUGGCCUAUGGCUGCAAAGUGGAGUCGAUCUAUCUUAAUGUGGAGGCGGUGAACACUCACAGAGACAAACCUGAGAAUGUGGACAUUUCCCGUUUGCCAGAGGAGGCUCUUCUCACUGUUCCAGCCCACUAUUGACCUAUGACCUCACAUCCUGUACAUCAGCAACACUCCAUCAGGCUGCUCCAUCCUUUUUAUGUGACUCCUCUCGUUGGUUUCUGAGUGUUUGGAAACGCUGGGCAGAAAGUCAGUUAUGAGUCCUGAGAUGAGCAACGUUAAGCCUCAUAUUUGUAUUAUCCUCUCUUCUCAAUUGCCACAUAGGUGACUGGAAUCCAGUUAUUGAUUAAUAACCCUAGUGUUGGGGUGCGAGUGUGUGCGUGUUCACACAUGUAGGUCUGUGCUUGCAAUCGAGGCUGGCGCAGAGCAGAUUUGAAGGCGAUUCAAGUUUUCUUUCUAUAAUUUUCUUCUGAAGAUUUUUGCUGGAAUCAUUAAACGUUUUGUAUGUGAGAAUAAAUGAUCAGUGCUGGUGUGUCUUUUCCACAUACUGGCUAUUUAAUGUUUUUUUUAUUUUUUAUUAUUAUUUGCUUGCUGUCUUCACGUUUUCUUAAGCAAUAUUUUACAUCUCAAUCAUUCACACACUAGAAUUUAAAUGAAGUGCUUUGGCUGUCAUCUAACACUAAAUGCUACUCAUAAAAACAGAAUACAUGACUUGGGUUAAAAAAAGCAUAACUGCAGAUAAAUCCGUGCACAUGAACUUUACUUUCGUACAGUGUUGAAACCACCUGGAUAUUGCAGCUCCUAUCACAACUGUGACAGAUGUUUAAAAACAGCUGUCAAUUAGGAUGCUCAAAAUGUAGCAAGAAAUUUUCAAAUAUAUUACCUCAAUGUUUACAUUUUUUUUAAAGCCUUGUUACAAUAGUAGGCUAUUUUUUUUGCACGUUAAGCAUACUUGUACUUUUCUUUAAUAACUUUAUUUUUUGCACAAAGAGUGUACUUUCCUAAAUCUCAACUAUAGAUUUGAAGUUCAUUUGUGAUUAUAUAUUUUUUUUUGUUUUUUUACUCUACAGUCUAUAGUGUUUAUGGAGAUAAAGUGAGUGAAAUGUUUUCAUCUCAAUUAUCUGUGAAUCUGUGAUUUAAUCUGUCCUGUGGGUCUCUGUGGUUGGUAGGAAUGACUAUGAUAAUGCGUGUGAAGCUCAUGGUUCUCAAAUUUGACGCACAAUGUCACAUUUUCUGGAAGUACUGUCAUUAAAACAUUCUGUCAUGAA